CGUAAUCACUAUCGCAACCGGGUAUGCAUUAAUCGUAAUUUUUUAUGAUAUUUGUUUAUUUUCCUUCCUGUCAUGUGUGGUGUGCAACAUGUAAUGCUACGGGAUUUUAUUCUUUUACCUUACUGAGUAAUUUAUAAUCUUCAUUUAGAGUAACAUUAUUUCUUAUUUAGUUAGCAACUGAUUCCAGUUUCGUCUACCAUGGCGGUAAACAACAUAUUACUUUUGUCUCAAGCUACUGGCUAUGUCGUCGCACUUAUGUUAUCACUAAGUGUAAUUAUUCCUCUUGCGAUGAAUCUAGAAUGUUUCAAAGGACAUUGUUUAUUAUUUACCACUGGUAGUUUCGGCGAUGAUGGUAAUUUCAAUGCGGAAUGGGCUUCCAAAGCAUAUUGCAUUUACAUCGCUUUCAUCAGCUCUCUAUUGGUCAUGGUAUCUACAUUUCAAGCUAUUCGUAUGUUUGCGUUACUCAAAAAGGAACGGGACAGUUCCUUCCUGUCUGCUUUUUUGGAAUGCAUUAUGACAGUCUGUAUCUCUAUUAUGGUGUUUGCUGCAUCUAUAAUGGUUACUCUCGGAUUUAAAACUUGGUGUGAUGCUGUGACUCAAAGAUUCCGAUCAUGUGAUGAUGCUUCAAUAAUGGAAAUCAGUAAAGCUGAUAAUGUUCAGACCAAAGGAUUUUUUAUACAAAUCGGAACGGUUCAGUUUGGUGUGUGGAGCUCUUGGGUGUGUUGGGUGCUCUUGGCCGUGCUUUCGAUGCUAAAGUUAUGUCGAUAUCAUGAACAGGAAGUUAUAAGGGUGAGCAUGGCACGUCAAAGACAGAAAAUCAUUAAUCAAUCUGAUCAGGAUUCUCUCCUUGAAUGAUGGAUUUGCGACAAUUUGGCUUUUUAGAGUUUCCGAAGGGUUUUUGUUAGAAGAUCUAUAUGCUGUCAAUUGGGAAGAUUUCCGUAUCAGUAUCUAUGCCAAUAGUCACGUUUUAGCGUUUUUUCAGGACAAUGGCUAUUGAGUAACUUAAAAAAAAUCAUUGAAGGGUACCAGCUUCAAAGGUUAUAGGUCUAUAAGAUGCCCCAUUGUGAUCUGUGGUACAAUAAUGAUCAAGUCUUGGCAACUUCCAGUCUUGAGCCUCGAGAAACUAAAAAAAAUAAAACAUCACAAAAGGGGACCAACUCACUGUGUACGUCUCCUAGUCCCCACGAGCAAAUCUUUUCCUGUUUUUUUUGUAAUGUGCAGGUAUAAAAUCAAUUUACUGCUUUGGCAAUUGUAGUUGGUGCGACAGAUCCAGAUUUAUAAAUAUUUCCUAUGAACCAAAGUUGCUUGUAUUUUUAAAAAAAAUUUAUUUUGUGAGAUAAAUAUCCCUUUUGCGCCUUGGCGAUCGUAGUUCAUGAGAACAGGUACCAAUACGGAAAUAUCUCCUGUAAUUUCAUUCUAUUUAUUUUAUCAGUAUCAGUUAUUAUGGUAUUAAUUAUGCUGAUAAGAGACUUCAUUACUAUUUAUGUGCACUUUAGUUGUUUCUUGUUAUCAGUACAUGAGUAUAAAAAAUUAAGUUCCUUGACUUAUAAUCAAAUUUUAUAUUGCUUGAGUUAUAAUCAAGUGUGUUUUAACAAAAUGUUAAAAUUUGUUAAAAAUAUAGUGGAGGAUAUAAUUAAAAAAUAAGGACAACUUAUUAAUUGUUAUUAACAGUUAGAAAAAAAGUAAGAAAAAGAAUAUUAAAAUGCAUUUGUUUGGUAUUUUUAUUUAAAGUGUAUCUACUUCACAAGUUAUUUCUACUAAUUCUUUCAAACCUCAAUUUUUAUUGCAUUUUCUUAAAUAGUUUAAAUACUCAGUAGAGAAAAUUCUAAAUGCAAAAAAAAAAAAAAGAAAAAUAUUUGUAUUUUAUGUCAAAUUAAAUGGACUUGUUUUUUUUCUUCAAACUGAAAGUUAUCAAUAUUGAUCAUAGUAAUGAAAAUAUACUUGUACAAGAAGUGAAUAAAAUAGGUUCUCUGACAUAAAGUAUGUAGAAGACAUUCUAAAAAAUCACAAUCAUAAGGUCCUCAGUUUUUGAAGUUUGCAAGUUUUCUUUUAAAUAAAUUUGAGUACUUCAUGAAGUAUUCAUUGAGUAUUCAUGAAGCUUUUUCAUGAAGAUUUAUGUUCAAACUAGUAGCUCUUUUAAAUAAAAUGAUCUAUGAUUUAAGUAUUCUCAAUUCUCAUUCAAUUAUUUUAACUUAACUGGAAUGUUUUUAAAAUUGCUUUUGCUUCAAAAAGUUCUAUGAAGAAUGUAAAAUUUUAUAAACGUGCUGUUUAAUAUUAAAUUUGAGGCAUAGAGAUUCUGAGAUACUGAAACAUUAACAAUAUACUGCUUAUAUUUUUUUGUAGUAAUAUUUCACGUAUUUAUGUAUGUUUUUGUUUUGACUACAUAUUAUUACUUCUUGAUUACUUUUGUUAUGACAAUUUUUGUUAUCAUUAGCUAUCUAAAUGUGAGAAAUAUUAAUUUUUUUGUUGUCAUCACAAGACAAUGUUUUUCUUAAUGAUAAUUAAAUUAUUUUAAUUUAUCGUUAUUUAAUUAGAUUUAUAAUUUGCUUUUAAUUUGUAUUAUUAUCUAUGCAAUUUCUAACUUCGUUGUUUAAUUUAAAGCUUUUGUGAUUUAGAAAGUUUUCUGUGUGAAUGAACAUUUUAUAAAUAUCAGUCAGUUGCACAUUAUAUACUUAUAAAAUUUUCACUUAUAUAUGAUUUAUUAAGAAAUGCAAGUAUAUUUUUAAUUGAAUGUAAAUAUGAUCUUCAAUUUAAAUCAUAAAGAUUUUUAAGAAAUUGUUAGAUGUGUAUCAACCUGUCAACUUAAGGGAGCACAACCUUUCUGAGGGAAGGGCUAUUUGCACGGCCGGUUGACUAACAUAGAACCUCUCACAUGUUUUGUCAUGUUGGCGGCAAUAUGAGAAUUUUUAUAUAAAUAUUUGUGCUCAAAGCACUUAUUUUUUUUGCCAGUAAACACAUAGUAACAUAUUCAGUGAAAAUUUUUCAGUUAUUAGAAUUCAUUCAAAAAAUGAAAAAACUGAUACUUUAAAAAAAAAAACUUAUUUUCUUUAUGUAUAUAUAUUAAAGAAAAGAAAUAUAAAGUAUAAAUUCUAACAACAAAAAAAACUGAUGUUUACAGAAUGAAAGAGUAAAAAAAAAUCUUCGGACUUUUUAAACCAUAAGGGAAUAAAUACAUUGCAAUAACUGCCGAUAAAAUAAUUGAAAAAUAACGAGGAUUUGUAAUGAAAUCAACAAAAUAAGAAAAGCUUGUCAAAAAGUGAUUACUAAAUGGAUGAUUUGAAACUAUCUGUCAUAAUAUCAUACUAAAAAUACAGUAUUUUCAAAAUCGUCGAAAAGCAAAGCAAUAAUUGCCGUUAAAAAAUCAUUUUGAUUUAUUAUAAAAUCGUCACAAAUGAAGGAUGUCAAAAAGUGAUAAUGAGUGUUUAGGGAUUUUAAAAGCCAUGUGGAAGUCCGUAUGUAUAUAUUUGUCAAAAAAAGACUAUUUAAAAAUGGUUAGUAUUAUGAUAAUUAAUAUGAAGUGGAUUUAUGAUGAAAAAUUUAUUGAAGUCAGAAAUUGAUUACUUAUUCAAAAUUUGGGUAUCAAAAUAUUGGGAUUUUAAAAAUCAUGUUUCGUUACAAAAACUGUUGAAAAAGUAAUCGCAACAACAUGACUCAAAUGUGCAAUUCAAAAUUUUUCCUAUUUUUUAUUUUUCAAAAUUUUUUUUCUUCUUCAUUGUGUUCAGAAACACCCACGGACCGAACAUCAAUAGUCGAUAGGUCGCAGGUUGUGCACCCUUAACUGAAACUGAUUAAUAUUUGUACUCACUAUUUUAUGAAUUAUUCAACAUUUUUUUCGAAAACUAGAACUGAACAAUUUUAAAUAAAAUGCAUUUAUAGAAUAUGUUAAAAAUGUACUGCAAAUUAUUUCAACUAAUUUUUAAAAUAUGACUCACUUUAUCUAAUUCAUGCUUUUAUGAAUUGAGGGAAUUAUGAAUAAUGUUAAUCUUUGUUGUUGUGUGUGGAAUUGUCCAUCUUGAUACUUUAAAAUUAUCAUUUUUGUAUUUGUUAUCUUUUGUGAACCACAUUCUCUUAUGAUCAGUUUUAUAAUAAUAAUUAAUGACAAUGAGUAAUGAAAAUUUUAAUUAAUAAUUAAAAAGCAUUAAAAAAAGAGUUUUAAAUUUUUGAAAAAAAGUUUGUUAUUUUUUCCAGAAAUUUUUCCAAGCUGUUCAAAGCAGCAAACAUAGAAACUUCUGUCGUGUUUUAAACAUUUCAAAACAUCAAAUUGAUUUAUUUAUGUUAAUUAUCCUUUUAAAAGUAUUUAUUGAUGGAAUUUGGUGUUUAGAAGACAAAAUGUUUCAAAUAUGUAUGGAUAUAAAAAAAAUCUCUCUAUUACGAAAUUACUUAACAUUGGAUCCAGCAUUGCCCCAGAUUUUAAAAUUCUCUGAAACUAUUAAAAAUUGGGUCUAUAGAAGUUCGAUAAGUUAACUACCCUCUAUUUCAUAAGUAUAAGCAAUUUUCUAAAUUUUUUUGUUACUGUAUUAAUUCUUAUGAACAGUCUUCUUACUUUAAUAUUUACAAAAUCUUAUGACAUUAGCCUUAAGAUUAUAAUGUGCCUGUUACAUUUGUGAUGCUGUUACCAAAAUAUUUUCUGUUUUUUUGUCACUUAUUUGAACUUCAUUGUUGGAUUACUGUAAAAUUUUAUGCAUCUUUAUUUGAUAAUAAAUUAGUUUAUCACCUUCA